AGAAACUCUCUCUCUCUCUCUCCUGAUACCCACUGAUCAUCUCUCUUUUUUUCUUUUAUCUUUUCACAUUUUAUUAUAAAAUGAACUCUGCAUCUCUGGAUAUCAUUGAGGUCAUUGACCUUGAAAAUGAUGCCACAAAAGAGGUUCAUACCGUAGUUACCACCACAACGACUACAACCAAAAGAACGGUUCAAGUUCAUAACAGUACUCAUGACAUGAGAAAUGUGUCAAACACUUCCACUCUAUCCAGUAUUAUUUGCGUGGUGGCAGGCACAGGUAUAUUGGCUAUAGCACAUGCACUCAGUAGAUCAGGCUGGAUUGGUCUCUUAUUUUUAAUCCUCAGUGCAUCCAUGUCCCAAUUCACAGGCAUCAUCCUCAUCAAAUGCCUCUACACUGAAAAUAGGCGACUUAAAGAUUAUGCAGACAUUGGUUUCGCUGCCUUUGGUAGACCAGGCCAGUUCAUUGGCUCUCUUUUCUCUCUCCUCAUGCUCUUUCUAACUCCUACCAUUUAUGUAAUACUAGCCAGCGAAAAUAUCUCUGAUAUACUAUCUCAGUAUGGUUUUAUCUGGCUUGAUAGAAGAGCAUGCAUUUGGAUUAUUGCUGUAGUCGUAGGUGUUCCAUUCAUAUUAGUCAGGAAUAUGAAGGAUGUUUCCUUUCUCAGUACAUUUGCUUCCAUGGCUACCGUCUGUCUCUUGCUUGUCGUCUGUGUUGUCUCCAUGUCGGAUUUUAGUGAAAAGACACAUGCUGUACAUCAUGAUGUAGCUAUUACCAGAAAUAUACCGAUUGCUUUUAGUACCUUUAGUUUUUCCUAUUGUGGGCAUGUCAUAUACCCACACUUGGAAGCUUCAAUGAAGACACCUCAAAGAUGGUCCAAAGUAUUAUUGGUAGCCACCUGUGUCAUUAGUAUCAUGUAUUUUACCAUGGGUCUUGUAUGCUAUCUCGUCUUUGGUAGUCAUGUUGAGUCACCCAUCUAUAAGAGUCUACCUAUAGGAUCUUCACAAAAUGUAGCCAUGAUUGUCAUCACCAUCCAUGUCUUACUCGUGAUUCCUUUCUACCUCUAUGUAUUCACCACACGUAUUGAAUCCUGGCUUAGGAUUGAUGAGGAUGAAGAAUCAAAGGACGAAGAAGAAGAAAGACAUCAACGCAAGUUAAUGCGUAUCAUUUUACGCCUGGGCCAAGUGGUGGCAUGUGGUGUGAUUGCCAUGUUUAUCCCCUUUUUCUCGGAUUUCAUGAACUUGGUGGGGACCAUUUGUUCAGAUACAUUGACCUUUAUUUUACCCAGCAUCUUUUGGAUGAAGCUGAAUUGGUCAAAACGGAAAGGAAAAUACUAUUAUCUCGAAUUUAUUGCUUGCUUUGCUGUGGCUACUGUGGGCGUCUUUUGCGCUACGUUUGGUACAAUGGAUGCUGUCAAGGCAUUGAUUCAUGAUUACGCAACCAAAGUCACUUGAUAUUUAUGUGUAUGUGUGAAUAAUAAUAAUAAU